AUGCAAACAAGUCUGAACAGAUUUUCGGAUGCUUGCGACAACUUUGGUUUGACAAUAAGCACUAAGAAAACUGAAGUCAUGUUCCAACCGGCACCAAGCAGCUCUUACACUGUGCCUAACAUCUACAUCAAAUCUGAGCGUCCUGUGGAAAAGUUUACAUACCUUAGUUGCACACUAUCCAGAAAUGUCCACAUUGACGAUGAAGUCAACUCACGCAUAGCUAAAGCAAGUUCUGCCUUUGGUCGCCUAAACAAAGCAGUAUGGGACCGUCGAGGCAUUACCUCCGCAACAAAGCUUAGUGUGUACAGAGCAGUUGUACUGACAACUCUACUUUACGCAUGUGAGACCUGGACGGUGUACCAGAGACACACAAGUAAACUAAACCACUUCCACACAGUUUGUCUCCGGAAAAUAUUGGGCAUCAGAUGGCAAGACAAAAUCCCGGAUACUGAGGUUCUAAACCGGGCAAAAAUGUACAGCAUCGACACCUUGCUACGCUCAAGUCAACUCCGUUGGGCUGGACAUGUUCGUAGAAUGGAACAGCAGCUUCUGUACGAAUGCCCUGCAUGGCGUUAUGGUAACGAUUGUCUUCCAUGCUACUGUAAUCGGAACAACACAGAGAAAUGUGAUGGAGUUACUGGAAAUUGCACGUGUAAGGCCGGGUUUUUUGGAGAAACAUGUGACUGUCAGACUGGAAAGCACACGUGUGAUUCCAAAACCUCUUUUUGUCAUUUGAACAACGGUAAACCAGUUUGUCUUUGUAAAAGAGGGAUAUCACCAACACCCAAGAAUAACUGUAAAGAUUUUGGUCUGCGGUUUAUAGAAAGGUCUGCUAAGGAUAGAGGAGAGGUCGAGUUUUACAGUAACGGGACCUGGAAUGCCUUGUGUAUAUUGAGCUCUAGGCCUUCAGAAAUUAAUUAUAACGUACUCAACGUUAUCUGCAGACAACUUGGAUUACCAGAGGUGCAUAUCGGUACAUAUUUUUCCAAAUACAUUCCCAAAACUAACCUGCCAGAUUACGAAAUAGCUGAGGCAUCAUGUGAAGGGACAGAAACUUCUCUGCAAGCCUGUAACAUAACCGUGGCGCCUGCACUCAAGUGUAACAUAGCUGUAGGGAUUCAAUGCUUAGCAGCAUGUCCGGAAUGGAGAUAUGGAACAGGGUGUACAUUCUGUUCAUGUAACAGAACCAACUCAGACAGUUGUGACCCAACCACAGGAGCAUGUAAAUGUAAAUCAGGCUACAGUGGCGCCACCUGUGAUUGCUUGCAGGGAAAUAAUCCAUGCAAUGAUACAGUAUCAGAAUGCCAUGCACAAUCAGGAAAACCGUUGUGUCUUUGCAAAACUAAAUUCGUUGGAAGGAAUAAUUACAAUUGUACAGAUCCAAUACGGCUUGCAAAUCUAUCGACAACUGUAACGAGCAGCGGAAAGAAACUCUACGCUGGACGAGUGGAGCUUUACGUUAACGGAAGUUGGGGAACGGUUUGUGAUGACAGCGCCUAUCCCAGAAGUAAAAUGACCAAGGUCAUGUGUAGAAAUCUUGGGCUGCCAAGCAUAUACACAGAUUUCCGUAAAGAGGCAUAUUAUGGCCAAGGUAGCGGUCCAAUACAUUAUGGCUACAUACAGUGUGGCGGAACAGAAGACACUGUUUCUCAGUGUUAUACUUCCACCACUGCUUAUUGUGGACAUCAUGAAGAUCUUGGAAUCAUUUGUGGUGAAGAAUGCCCAGCAUUUACAUUUGGAAGGGAUUGCAUAAAUUGCCAAUGUCUUCAGUCGAACACUCUCUAUUGUAAUAAAACAUCGGGAGAGUGUAAGUGUAAGGAUGGGUUUGAGGGCCAGACUUGCUCCUGUCGUAAAGGGAAUCACACGUGUGAACUAACAACAUCCAUCUGUGAAAAAGGUGCAUGUUACUGCAAAUAUGGGAUCAAACCAACGUCAUCGUGUAUCGGUUCGUACAUUUCCAUUUUAAAUCAAUUGUUCUUUCUUUUUUUCUAA